CCGUAUUUGGUCCCCGUAGAGCGUUGUGUGCGCUACCACCAGACCCUCUUAUAUGGCCCUGUGGCUGGUACCGUGCCAGGAACGCAACUGUAUACCAGACCGUCUUCUACUAUCUGUCCUGCUAAGUCUUUUUUUUUUUUUUUUUUUUUGGCACUUCAACUCAUUUCACUUUUCCCCCCUUCUUUGCCUCACCUCCUCCACUCAGCUCAGACCAUGCUCAGUCCCUCAUGCAGUCUCUUUGAGCUAUGGCUGUUUAGCUGGCCUAGGAACCUGCAGGGUGCAGGUCUGGCCGCAUGUACACGGCGCUGUAGCCCGUGCGGCUGAGAAGUCGAGACGCCAGCGAUCAGCAAUGGCAGAAGCCACAGCAGCGGGGCUAGUGACAAACUCGCCUGGUGCUAGCGAUGCAGGCGAGUAAUAGGGCAGAUCUGGAUUGAAAACGCAAUAGGAUAUCGAUGGGCCCAGCAGCUCUACAGCGUUUCUCUGGUCCAUCUUCAUUCAGUGGCUGAACGGAUUGGAGAGCGUGAAGAGCGUGGCAAACACCGCCUCACGAAACAGCAUCUCCGCAUCCCGAGUCGCAAAACAGGCACAAAGUGGGCUUUUGCUCUUCCCUUGUACAAGCAAGCAUGCACUCCGUACGGUACUGGUGGAGGCGGUGAUCGAGAGAGGCGGGGCAAAGCCACUCGGAAAUCGAUACAAGCGCUGAAUAAAAUUCUGCUGCCCUUUCUGUUUCCAAAUGGCGCGCCACGUGCCGGAGACAGGCUGUGCGCCCUAUUCCAUCUCAUUCGAGUUAUCUCUCUAUUCUCACAUGUCGUGAUAUAGGACAAGAAAUGGCCACCACCUCCGCUAGCCACAAUGAGAUG